CUUUCUCUUCUUCUGUCCUUUCACUCCCUGUCUCUACUUGACAAGAACAGAGGAUCGCUUUUCACCAUGAGGCAGCUCUCGCGCUGCUGCGUUCCUACACCAUCUACCUUUCCUCGUUCUCCCUCUCUCUGCCUCGUCCUCUUCACCCGUGGGCUGAUUGAACAAGAGGAGUUGGACUUUCCCAGCUUGAACGGGACAGAUUAGCCCCAAGGAGGGGGUUGCAGAAGAACAGAAGGGGGGGGUGACAUCUCAGGGGAGAAGCUUCUUUUCUCUUUUGCCUCAGCGGGGUAGGGAGAAAGAAAGGGAAGGGAGAGGCAGUGUGUCCUUUUCAAUGCAGAGGAGCUUUUUUCUUUCCUUGGAUUUCCUUUUAUUCGCCGUGCUUUGUUUCUCCGUUACGCCGUGUCCCGUGCGUGGGGACAAAAGUGAACUACUCCGGACAGGACUUCCACAACAGGCUUGUGUGAAGCUAGCAUUUGCUGGCCAGAUUCAGCAGACACCAGCCUGACACCCCGCGAUUUGAUGAGGUAACAGUCAAUCAAUUUGCCCAACAUCCCACUGAGGAACCAUGGGCCAGAAGAUUUCAGGAAGCAUCAAAUCGGUGGACGUGAGAGGCGAGCCCUCCUACCGCCCAUUACGGAGAGAACUCCGAGGUCCAGAUUUCUUCAAGCCAGCCAGGCUUGACUUGCUGCUAGAUAUGCCAUCAGUGUCCUCCGAGAAUCAGCUGCAGCAUGCUUGGAACCCAGAUGAUCGCUCUCUCAAUAUCUUCAUCAAGGAAGAUGACAAGCUGACUUUCCAUCGCCACCCGGUGGCCCAGAGUACAGACUGCAUCCGAGGGCGAGUGGGUUAUACACGUGGCCUCCAUGUUUGGCGCAUCCAUUGGCCCGCCAGACAGCGAGGCACCCAUGCCGUAGUGGGCGUGGCCACAUCAGAGGCACCACUCCAUUCAGUAGGAUACACCUCUUUGGUAGGUAGUGACAACGAGUCCUGGGGCUGGGACCUGGGCCGCAACAAGCUCUACCACAACAGCAAAAACCGACCAGCUUCAUCAGCACCUACUUACCCUAGCUUCCUUGAGCCAGAGGAAGCCUUUGUUAUUCCUGACACCCUGGUGGUGGUGCUGGAUAUGGAUGAGGGGACACUUAGUUUCAUGGUGGAUGGACAGUACCUUGGAGUGGCCUUCAGAGGGCUCAAGGGAAAGAAGCUAUAUCCCAUCGUUAGUGCAGUAUGGGGACACUGUGAGAUCACCAUUCGCUACAUCAACGGCUUGGAUCCUGAGCCCCUGCCUCUUAUGGACCUGUGUAGGAGAGCAGCACGUCUAGCUCUGGGCCGUGACCGAUUGCAGCAGAUUGAGACCUUGCCUUUACCCCAAUCUCUAAAAAAUUACCUCCAAUACCAAUGAUGUGGACAGAUCCACGCAGAUUCACAAAGCGCAAGCCUCAAGGUGUGGCGACUCCAAGCAAUCGCCAAGAACAGGCCACCGAGGGCGAAUGUUUACACUACAAUCUGUGGCUACUACCAGAGAUGUUCUGUUUCUUCCUAAUUUUUUUUAUCUUUCUGGAUUUUGGAUGGUAUGAAGACGUGGACUGUGAGGUUGGAGUGUAAGGAUGCCGCAGUGCCCUCCACUGUUAGUCUCUCCCUGAAUGUUAGGGCUUGGCAUUGAAAAAAAAAAAAAUAGCUAAACAACCUCGGGAAUGCUCGUUCAAAGCUCACAGCGAUGCUUAAAACAUUCCAGAAGGAAACCAAGCACCUUAGAGGCCAGACUCUGGAGCAGGAGUCUAAGCUGGAGCGGUAUCUGGUUUCAAGCAGGUCUUACCUGUGCACAAGGGCGACCACUAACUAUGCUAAGACCCAAUUAAUGAGACUAGUCAUGAAGUGCACUGAUACAGCACAAACACUCCAAGCAAACAUUGUUUCCCCUAAUCUAAUUUGAGUCACUUUCCUGAGUGUGUACCUUAAUUUUAAGGUGAGUGUGAUCCCCCCCCCACCCCCCACCCCCCCAUGGUUGAUUAAUGAAUAUUAUGACACAGAUCCUGUAACAAGUUUAUUGCUAUGUUUUAUUUUAUUUAUCUGGAUGUAAUUCCUUUUUAAUGAAAAUGACACUGUGCAUACUAGCACAUGGACAUGAUAAAUCCACCCCAAAUGGCUUUUUAUUUGAAACCAGGAUGCUGCUUUUUUUCUAUUAUUAUUAUUAUUAUUAUUAUUAUUAUUAUUAUUAUUAUUAUUAUUAUUAUUAUUAUUGAUGCUGGUUUGCCUGCCUGAUCAAACAGGAGAUCUGCAGUAAACAGUGGAAUGUAAGGACACCGCUAAACAUUAGUAUAUUUAAAAAUGUGAAUAAAAUCCAAGUGAAUGAGAACAUUG